CAUUAUUUCCAGUUCAGCUGUUUGGACUCCGAUUACCUAAACAUGCUGGGACAAACGCUGGCGCAUGGAUCCAAUCAAGACUGGAAAAUAUUAUGCCAAAUUGAGAUAGAGUUAAAAAGCCUUCGAAGUUGACUGCUUUGCUAUCUGAGGUAAAGGUCCUAUAAAUUAUGAAGAACUGGGGUUGUCAAGUUGUCCUUCUCCUUCUAGUCUGCGAGCUAGCGUCGUCAGCUCGACUUAAACGAAUUACCCCAGAAGAGCUGAAGAAAAGGCAAGAAGCUCAAAAUCUUUCAAUUUUUGUCAACAAUGUGCUCAAAACAUACGACAAAAAACUACGGCCGAACGCAGGAGGUGAAUCGACCGACGUCAUUGUGGAAGGCAAAGUUGUAGCGUUUGGCGAGCUUAGAGAGGCCAGUAUGGAAUUCUCGCUCGACAUCUUCUUUCGGCAAUGGUGGUAUGAUCCUCGAUUCGCCCACAACUUUAGUAUUCCAUUCAACAUGGCGGCGGAUGCAACAAAGAUCUUCUGGACUCCAGACACGUAUUUUGUGAAUGUGAAAAACUCAAAAUAUCACUUCGUGACAAGAGAGAACAUGAGGGUUAAAAUAGACCCGGAUGGCAGAGUUUAUUUUAGCACAAGAAUCACCUUAACUGCCCAGUGUGCUAUGGAUUUUCGUCUUUUUCCCAUGGACACUCAACACUGCUCGCUUGUUAUCGAGAGCUAUGCCUACACAGCAGCCGAGGUCAACUACACGUGGAAGAUAAAGGAAAAGAGCAAUGGCAUAGAAAUUGUAUCACAGGAAAUGGCACAGUUUGACUUACUUGGAGUCAAAACAGAAACCAAAGAUCUUCCAAAAUCAACUUCUUUUGCAAGUCUUACGGCAACAUUUUCAUUCAAGCGACGUCUCGAGUUCUUCAUCUUCUCAGUGUUCACACCAGCCGUCAUCCUCGUCAUCUUGUCGUGGUGUUGUUUCUGGAUUUCCCGCCAAGCGGUGCCCGCUCGCGUCUCUCUGGGGAUUACCACCAUUUUGACAACUAUUUUGUUGUCUAGCUCAGUUAAUCGUGAUAUGCCAAAGGUGAGCUAUAUGAAGUCUAUAGAUUACUUCCUGUUGACGAACUUUGGUUUCAUCUUCCUGUCUUUCUUGGAGUACGUCAUUGUACUGAACUCUGAACCGGCGCCAUCUUGGUGGAAAAAACUCAUUGAACGCAUCUUUAGUCGCGUUAAUAAUAACAACGUAGAAUCCACUGAAUGCGUUUCUACACACAAAUGCUCAGAUUCCUCAGACCGACACCUUCACGUCCAGACCGUCGACAGAAAUGGUCGUAAUCGUGACGUGGCCACCGUCGUGCUACCGAAAGACCAUUCAAAAGAACCAUCGGUUGUCGUGGUAACAACCCAUCCAAACGAGCCCGCGACAGUCACUCGUCAGCGUAAAAUCGACUUAAACCAAGUCCCCAGAGCUGAGAAGCCAAAACCAGAGAACACCCCAGGCCCACCGCCAACUCAUUGGGUCGAUUUGGUGUCACGAGCCUUGUUUCCAGCGGCAUACUUUCUGUUUCUUGCUAUCUAUUGGAUUAGUAACUCGAGCGCGGCCGAGAAUGGACCAAAACCUUGAAAACAGUCACCCGAGGCCUUACAAAUGUUAUUAUCUACCAUGUGUACAAUCCUUUUGAAAUUGGGGUUCGUAUUUCUUCGUUAAAAAGUACCGUUGUACACGAAUGAAUACUAGAUUAACGAAACGAACUUUCUACUGACGUAAACGUGGGGUUGUUAUGGGAAAAAUGAUAUCUUUAUACCGAAAAGGAUUAUGGUCAAAUUGAACUUAAACGUCAAAAUGGCGACCGACCAAGUUUGCUUCAACGAAACACCUUUUUAAUACAAAAACGUCAAUUGAAGAGAACUAAGAGUUCGUUGUAUAUAGUCUCCAUAUUGUGUUCAUCUUAAUCUUAGUGUCAAAGAGGCUCUUGAUACCGAAUGAAGGUUUGUGCGUAGAAAAUUCGUGAACAACAUGCAGAGCCUACCAGCAUGGAUAAACCAAAACAUGCUUCAAACUGAUGAUAAGGGAUAAUUUAUUGGUAUGAACUCGUACAAAACAAACCGAAACACUGUUACGAAGAUGCUACGUCAGCAGCGAGAGCAAAAAAAAUUCGAAAAUCUAGGACGAACAAGCUUCGCCGAAAAACACCUAAUCGGAGAAAACUGGAUUAAAAGUGAAUCUAAAAUAACAUGUCUUAUAACGUGCACGAAUUCCACCAAGAUUUAAUUAUAAAAAAAAAAUAGAUAUGAAAAUUAAUCAGAGGUUAUUGACAAUAUUUGGUAUUGAAAGCUCCACGGACACUCAAAAUACCUGUCUCUACUGCGAAAACAACACACAGGGGUUUCUGAUCGAUCAAAUUAUCUGAUACUGGGUUGGUCUGCCAGUGAGAAUUGCGACGUCGAACUUUCUAGCGUUGUGCAAUUGUGAUUGAAAAUGAUGGAUGGGUUAUACAUCAAAAUGGAAGCGUUUUGGAUAUCCGUAAACGACUCAGCAAAGUCCGAAUCUUCCCAGAGGCGAAGAAAUACGGGAUAUAUACAAAAUAUCUCAACUUGUCGCGAAAUAUUAUUGCUGUUCAAGUUUAUCUUCAGUUUUUAAUGUUUUCAAUGAUUUUGGUUGCGCGCAAGUUGCGAGUUCUUAAAGGAAAGGUGUAAAACGAGGAGAACAUUGACUCCAAAACAACAAGUUGCGAGACAAGUUGAGAUUGUUUUGUCUCGUUUUUUGUCAUUCGGCUUUAAGCUUCCUUUUUAUUGUGCUCAAAUUGUGUUUAUUAAGUCUAAUAUUGAAGCAGACUACAUGUCUUAAGUUACUUUAUGAUUAACCCAAGCAAAAAUAAAUGAUAUUUAGUAUAAGGGGAAUUUUUAAAAGCAUGACUUAAAAACACAUUUAACUGGUUUGCGUGUUUUAUAAAAUCUUCUCUCUUGUAAAAGUAGCGAAUUUAUUUAUCACAAAUUUUUAAAGUGUGUAAUACCACGAUAUCUAUGAUAUUAUUAUUAUUUAUAAGAUAUUUAUAAUAUCGAUCGGUAAUAUUAUUAUUGUAUAUUAUUGGGUGUGAAAUAUCUUCACACGAUAAAUAUCUAUUGUAGAUUAAUAAUAGAUUAUUAUUUAUUAAUAACCAUAUAGCAGUAUAGAAAAGAAAGUUCAGAAGUUAUUGAAAAUCGCCAUUCUUCAUGAAUUCACAGACUUGUAGCUUCAAAUAAAACCAGAUUAUUAAAAAAAUAUUUAGAAAAAAGUAAUAUUGUGUUAUUGCUUGGUUCUUAUUGUAUAAUGAUUUUUAUCAUAUAAUUAUGAAACAUCUAUAUUUCUCUCUUUCGGAAAGUUUUACUUGUGAAACUAACACAUUCGAGCUUUCUCUAUAUAUUGGAAAUAAAAAAGGUAUUUUUACGACAUAA